AUGGUUUAUACAAUCCCCUUCAUCAUUUUGAUGCUCCUUUGCACCAUUGUUGUUGCUACAAACAAUAACUCGAUGAGACUCAAGUUUUCAUCCAUUUUAGUCUUUGGUGAUUCGACCGUAGACACAGGCAAUAACAACUAUAUCCUGACUGUGGCCAAGGGAAAUCAUUUGCCUUAUGGUAGGGAUUUCCCUGGUCAUGUGCCAACUGGUAGAUUCUCUAAUGGAAAACUGGUUCCUGACUUGCUUGCCUCUGUAUUGAAGCUCAAAGAUACUGUCCCUCCUUUCUUGGAUCCAAACCUAUCAAAAGAAGAUCUUCUAACAGGUGUUAAUUUCGCAUCUGCCGCUUCAGGUUUUGAUGAUUUGACUACGGUCCUAUCUGGUGCCAUAUCAGUGUCCAAGCAAAUUGAAUACUUCAAAGUUUACGUAGCAAAGCUCAAAAGCAUUGCUAGGGAAAAUGAAGCUAAACGAAUACUUAGAGAUGCUCUGGUUAUUAUUAGUGCUGGAACUAAUGACUUCAUUUUCAAUUUUUAUGACAUUCCGACUAGAAAGUUGGAAUUCAACAUAUCAAAAUACCAAGAUUAUCUGCAGAAUAGGCUUCAAAAUUUCCUUAAGGAACUAUACGACCUUGGAUGCAGAAAAUUUGCCGUCACUGGGCUUCCUCCCAUUGGUUGCAUCCCCAUUCAAAUAACAGCCAACUUUGUAAUGGAUAGGAAAUGUGUAGAGGAUGAGAAUUCAGAUUCCGAGCUCUACAAUCGAAAACUGGAAAAGCGAUUACUUCAAAUACAGGCAAUGCUUCCGGGAAGCAGAGUUGUUUAUACAGACGUUUAUGACCCAUUGAUGAACCUUAUCAAUCAACCUGAAAAAUACGGUUUCAAGGAAACGAAUAGAGGGUGUUGUGGGACUGACUUAUUUGAACUAGUUCCGUUGUGUAAUGCAAUCACACCAACAUGUGAUGACGCUUCAAAAUUUGUAUUUUGGGACAGUGUCCAUCCAACCGAAGCAGCCUAUCAGUAUUUUACUAAGCACAUAGAAGUGGAAGUCCUGCCCAAGUUCCAAUUUCAUAUGGAUAAUAUAUUUUUUAAGUAA